CAGUUACAUUCUUACGCACUUUGUAUCAAAGAUACUUUGUAUCCAGUUGCGUUCCAUUGUAUUGUUCCAUUGUUGUGCCCAACCAGCAUCGUAUAUUGAGAAUUGUGCGCGCGUGCUCUUAAUUUGUUAUUCUUAUUUUAUAUUUAUGUUCCUUAAAAGCAGAGGGGAGGAAAAGAAGACGUGACCGUCACUUUGUUCCCGUCAUCAGUGCAUCAGUAAACAGCAGAAAUGGCAGAAGCGCAUCAGGCUGUGGCGUUUCAGUUUACUAUCACUCCAGAUGGGAUCGACCUGCAGCUCUCUCAUCAGGCCCUGAGACAGGUCUAUCUGUCAGGCCUGCGGUCAUGGAAGAAACGUGUCGUACGUCUGAAGAACAACGUAAUCACUGGCGUGUAUCCUGCUAGCCCCUCCUCCUGGUUGUUUGUUGUCGUAGCCAUUUUGGCCACCAUGUACACCCGCUCGGACCCUUCAAUGGGCCUCAUUGCUAAAAUCCAGGAACACCUACCGGUCAGUGAUUCUUUGAGCAUGCAGUGUAGGACGGUGGUUUCUGCAGUGUUAUUCAGCACCGUCCUCUGGUUGUCUUUGAUCUUCACCAUGAGACUCUGUCUAAAGCAGUUACUGUCCUACCACGGCUGGAUGUUUGAACAACACGGGAAAGUGUCCAACACCACUAAAAUCUGGGCGGUUAGUACUAGCAAUACUCUCAAACACACCUUACUUACAGUCAUCCAAAGUGUAAUAAUAAUUAAAUGCACUCGAUUUCAGGCCAUGGUUCGGAUCUUCUCUGGCCGGCAGCCUCUGUUGUACAGCUACCAAGGGUCUCUGCCCAACCUGCCCGUUCCAGCGGUCAAAGAUACAGUCAAGAGGUACCUGGAAUCUGCACGUCCACUGAUGAGCAAUGCUGAAUAUGAGCGGAUGGUGACUCUAGCCAAAGAGUUUGAGAGCAGUCUGGGGAAUCGUCUGCAGUGGUACCUCAAACUCAAAGCUAUGUGGGCCUCCAACUAUGUCAGUGAUUGGUGGGAGGAAUAUAUCUACCUGAGGGGGCGUAGCCCAAUUAUGGUCAAUAGCAACUACUAUGGAAUGGACUUCCUGUAUGUGACACCGACACCAAUUCAAGCUGCAAGAGCCGGAAACACACUGCAUGCUUGUCUCCUGUACCGCAGGAAACUCAACAGAGAGGAAAUCAAACCUAGUCGUGUUCCGGGUUUAAAUAUCCCUCUGUGUGCAGCGCAGUGUGAGAGGAUUUUCAACACCACACGCAUACCAGGAGAAGAGACGGAUUCACUGGUCCACUGGCAGGACAGCGAGUAUGUCGCCGUGUUCCACAAAGGACGAUAUUUCCGCCUGUGGCUGUACCAUGCUGGCCGCAUGUUGUCUCCCAGAGAGAUCGAACAGCAGAUUCAGCGUAUCCUUGACGACACGUCACCCCCAGCGCCCGGAGAGGCCAAACUAGCAGCUCUGACGGCAGGGGACAGAAUCCCUUGGGCUCAAGCCAGGAAGGAAUUCUUCGGAUCAGGGGUGAAUAAGAGAUCUCUGGACUGCAUUGAGAAAGCGGCAUUCUUUGUUUCACUGGACGACGAUGAGCAAGGCAUGAUGGGAGAUGAUCCAGCUGGCAAUUUGGAUCGCUACGCUAAGUCCCUGCUGCACGGCAGGUGCUACGACAGGUGGUUUGAUAAGUCGUUCACUGUGGUGGUGUAUAAAAACGGGAAGAAUGGACUCAACGCUGAGCACUCCUGGGCAGAUGCACCUAUAAUGGCUCACCUGUGGGAGUAUGUUAUGACUACAGAUUGUUUCCAGCUGGGAUAUAAUGUAGAGGGUCAUUGUAAAGGUGAGGUUGACUCUUCCCUGCUUCGACCUCAGAGAUUAACCUGGGACAUACCUGAACAGUGUCAGGAGCGUGUGGAACAGUCUCUAGCUGUGGCUCAGGCUCUAGCUGACGACAUCGACUUUCACGUGUUCCCCUUUGAAGACUUUGGCAAGGGUGCUAUCAAAAAGUGUAAAAUCAGUCCAGAUGCCUUCAUUCAGAUUGCAUUACAGCUGGCGUAUUAUAGGAACCGAGGCACAUUCUCUUUGACGUAUGAAGCAUCUAUGACUCGUUUGUUCCGUGAGGGACGGACUGAAACUGUGCGUUCCUGCACCAGCGAGAGCUGUGCCUUCGUUAGAGCACUGGAGGAUGGAGAGAGUAAGGAGGUGUGUCGGCAUCUGUUCCUUUUAGCGUCUGAGAGACACCAGCAGCUAUACAGGUUGGCCAUGACCGGUGCAGGCAUCGACAGACACCUGUUCUGCCUCUACAUUGUCUCCAAAUACCUGGGAGAGGAGUCACCCUUCCUCAAAGAGGUGCUUUCAGAAACAUGGCGUCUCUCCACCAGUCAGACUCCUCUCCAGCAGGUGGAGCUGUUCGAUUUUGUCAAUCACCCAGACUACACUACCUGUGGUGGAGGAUUUGGGCCGGUUGCGGAUGACGGUUAUGGCGUGUCUUACAUCAUCAUCGGAGAAAACAUGAUCAACUUCCAUAUUUCCAGCAAAUACUCCUGCCCUCAGACUGACUCUCAUUUGUUUGGAGCUCAGAUCAGGCAGGCCCUGAUGGACCUCCUGCAGUUGAUGUCACCAAACAAGACCGACCUGUCCAAACCUGAGCAGAACCACUCACAGAAACCCAAGAGCAAAAAAGACCUGUAGAGGUAGAACAGAUAGACCACAACCAGAAAAAAGUGUGUGUGUGUGUGUGUGUGUGUGUGUGUGUCCAUGCUCAUUUGAAUGCAUGUUUAUUCAUCCGUACAAAUUUGCAUUCAUACAUUCCAUGCUUGUUGUAAAAAUGUGUCGAUGCCAUGAAGCCAUGAACAAUGUAAUGUAAUAAUGGUGGAAGCUGCUUCGUCGAAAACCGUGAGAUUAAAAAUAAAACUAUGAAAGAGGAUUUCAAAUACAGAGGUAGUUUGAUAGCGCAAAACCUUUUGUGUUUACCGUGAGGGCCAGUUUUUAGAUGAUAUAGAAUCAAUUUGGUCCAAAUUUUUAGAGUUUAUGAAGAAUCUAAAUUAUUAGCGGACAUUACCACCAGGGUGAUGGGAGUCUAAUGGUAGAUGAUCAAAUCGGUUAGCUUAAUAGUGUAAAAGACUGACCUAGGUUCAGAUCACAUCAAAUCGCCAUUCUGUGCACUUACAGUACUACACAUCACAUCCCAAUGGAAAUUCUCCAUUUUAACAGGUUAUGUUAAGGUGUAAGUCUGGGAAUAAUUUGACCUAAAAUCCAGUGCAGUUUUACUUGAAUUCCAGAGCAGAACUACCAUAUAUAUUUCAGUUUUCAGUGACUAAUGACUUGGAAUACUACACUUGACUGUAGUUUUAAUAAUGAUUGUCCUGAUAAAUUGAAGAUGACAUGUUGAUCUCACUUAGUCACGUUCAUUUUAAGUGUGCAUUUUGGUUUAUUAUUUAAAAAUACAGUGUUUUAAAACAUUAACUUUGUACCUACGAUGUGUUUAGGAAUUUGGAGUUGGAUGUAUUUACCAAUGGGAUCAAAAGAAAAUGAUGCCUGAGGAGAAAACAUUUACGCAACAGCACGUUUCUGUUAGUAUUUUCUAGAUAUGUAGUUGAGCUCCGUUGUUGAAGCAAGGCCAAUUAAUUGCAGGUUUUGCUUUGUAUAUUUCCGAUUUGAAACGAGUUAAGAUCAAGCGACCGCAUUUGUGGCAUAAUGUUGAUUACCACAAACAAUUAAUUAGACUCCUCCCUCCUUUUCUUUAAUUUAACUUACAAUGGAAGUGAAUGGGGCCAAUGCGUCAACAUUAAAAUACUCACUUGUAUUGAAUAUUAUAGCCACAAGACGUAAACUAUAUGAGUGUUAACAUAAUUGUAGUGUGAUAAAAUCGCUUACUAAACUUUUCUAAGUAAAUAAGUACACAAUUGUACAUCUUUAUUGCCAUGACGACGUAACACCAUAAUCCCAAAACGAUGAUAAUAAUACACAGCUCAAAUAAUACACUAUUUUUAACAGAAGAAUUAAUGCAAGUGCUUUUAUAAAAUUACAAGCUUCACAUUUCUGCCUUUUAACCCUCCAAAAAUUGUCCCCAUUCGCUUCCAUUAUAAGUGCCUCACUGUAACCUUGAUUUUUGCUUUUUAAAGAAAAGGAGGGAUGAGUCAAAAUAACUUUUUUGUGGUAAUCAUCUUUGCCACAACUCUGUCAAUUUAGCUCAACUUGUAUUAAACCCAGUAAAUUCAUUUUGAAGUAGUUGCACACACUUCUGAGUACCCCCAAUGAAUAUUUUGGUCACAAAAAAAUGUAGUUUUGUGUAACAUUUUUGCCAUUCCGCUACUAGAGUUUACAUUUUCCUUUCUGAUUGGUGAUGCGAAGCUAAAUUUUGUCUUGAAUAAUACAGUGUGCAUUUAAUAGAAUAGUGGUACGCAUUAAUCAAAAAUAAAAAAAACAUAAAGGGUAGGGCAUUUUGCCAUCUAUACAGUAUAUGUGCAAAAAGAAAACUUGAAAUUGAUUUAAUCUGAUAAUGAGCUCCAUAAAUACUGGUAAACAUGCGAUAUGGACCAUAUGAUGACUGUAACUAUUAACAGUUAUGUGUUUGAACAACAUUGAUGCAUGUUGAAGGUAAAGGAAUGGGAUUUUAUUGGAAAAUAUCACAACCCGGUACAUAUAUCAAAAACUCACUAUUAUCAAUCUACAAUCUACAUCGAAAAAGCAUUUCACGUUUCCGUUCUUGCUGUUAGUCCUCUGCGACCUCUGCCUAAUAGCAUUAAAGUGUUGCCAUUACAUUUCAAGAAGAACAAAAUAGUAUUUGAAAUGAAGGAGCACUGUUAACAUUUAGGCAAGGGCCGUAUGACUUUGGUUACCAUUUUGAUUUCCACUUUUCGGUCCUAUGGCAGCUAUACCUGUGGGCAGUAUGAUACUCUAUCAGUGGUCUCGGCUGCAUCCUCAUUAUUCAGCUGUUGUUACAAUAUAAAGUUGCCUUUCAAGUGCAUGAUUUCUCAGAUCCACAUCUUAUAUGGUCACUGUGGAAAUAUUGAUAUAUACUUCAAAACAAUGUGCUGUCUUUUUCUGUACUGCCUAACACUGCUUAUACACCUUAAACUGUAUAUCUGACUUUUCAAACCUCACUUGUGAUUUCUAUUGUUUUUAUUAUAACUGCUGUUGUCAGUAUUCUAAUAAUUAACCUGAAACUGAAAACAGUAGCAAUGCAAGAGUUUGUGUAGUGCUGAUAUAGUCUGAAAAGACAAUGUUUUACCUCAUCUGUCUUAUGAAUGUGUAUUCAUUCUCUUGGGCCAGUACUGUAUUCUGUAUCUACUCGCAUUUUCUCACAAUUGGUUUCAGAUAUAUUACUGUGCACUGCAGAGCUUUACACUCUCUCUUGUACUCUGGCAAUCUGUCUUUCCUUUACAUUUUGUUUGUAAAAGAAAAGGAAGACAAAAGGUCAAUUUUUUUAAUUAAACAUGUUUCAAA